GUUGAAGACUUUUCCUGAUAUUGAGAGAAGAGUGAUGCCCCUGUAGUUAUCACACUUGCUGAGAUCGCCUUUCUUCGGUAUUUUGAUCAGGAGUCCUUCUUUCCAGUCUUUUGGUACUUGUUCUUCAUCGCAAAUCUUAUUGAAGAGAAUGUGGAGUAUCCUUUCAGUUACCGCGACGUCUGCUUUUAAUGCCUCUGCUGGAACGUUGUCUGGUCCUGCUGCUUUGCCACUCUUGAUUUGUCUGAUGGUCAUACUAGUCUCAUCAAUUGUUGGUGGGCCAACAUUGAUUGGGAGGUCCGUGUGUGUUGCUUUAAUAUUGGGUGGGUUCAGUGGGGCUGGUCGAUUCAAGAGUUCUUUGAAGUGUUCUACCCACCUGUUUUGUUGCUCUUCGAUGUUAGUGAUUACCUCGCCUUCCUUGCAUUUCACUGGUCGUUCUGGUUUACGGUGAUUUCCAGAGAAUUUCUUUGUUAUAUCAUACAGUUGUCUCUUGCAAACUUUUCCGCCGUCGUUGCUAGAUCUUCCACAUAUUUACGUUUGUCAGGUCUAAUACUUUUUUUCACUGGUUUGUUUACUUCUGUGUAUUCAGCUUAUGCCUUGGCUUUUUCUGCUCUUGUCCGACUGGUAUUGAUUGCUGCUUUCUUGUUCCUCCUUUCUUGAAUGUUAUCCAGUGUAUCAACAGUGAUCCAUUCCUUGUGAUGGUGCUUCUUGUGGUCUAGAGCCUGACGAUAUGUUGAAGUGAUUGCCUCUUUGAAAGCCUUCCAGUUGCUCUCCAUAUUAGUUCCUUCUCCAUUGAGUAGAUCAUGAAAGGCCUGGAACUUAUUGCUGAGGACUAUCUUGAAUUUGUUGGGUUUGUCAGUAUCCUGAAGAAAGGCCGUAUUGAACUUUUGUGAUGUUGUCCGCCCCGUUGUCCAGUGCUUCUUUAGUUUCAAUUUCAUCUUGGCGACCAGCAUUUGAUGGUCUGAUGCCAUAUCAGCUCCCCUCUUGGUUCUCACGUCUUCCAUCAUCCUACUGAACGUUUUGUUGAUGCGGAUAUGGUCAAUUUGGUUUUGUGUAGUGUGAUCCGGUGAAGUCCAUGUGGCUUUGUGAAUGCGUUUAUGUGAGAAUAUGGUGCCGCCUAUGACCAGUUUAUCAAAGGCACAUAGGUUUGCAAAUCACUCACCAUUUUCGUUCCUUUCUCUGACAAAUGUAGGCUACGCUUAUUGAUAUAAUGUGUGGAGAUGCUGCUGGGAAAUUGGCGACGAUCAGCAAGUUAUGAGAGUUCAUAUGCUUUAUGGAUAACCACAAAUUUGGUUAUGAACCGGACAAAUCUACCGAUUUUUAAGUUUCUUCUCGAUGCAUUGAAUUGUAAUUAUGCGUCAGUUGUCUGCUACUUAACUACAGAAAUGAUUGUAAAGUGAAUGCUUUCGACGUAAACACGCGAUAACAAGAAUGAACACGAACUGAGUGUUGUUUGUUAUGACAUUUGUAGAUGACAAUGUUCCAGUUAAUACAGUGGACAUUUCUACCGUGAUUGGAAAUGCUCCAGGAUUUCAACUUUCUGACAAAUAUGGAGAUCGUCGAUUUAAAAAUCGAAAUUAAUCCAAGGACAAGAAUGGUUUGGUAGCGUAAGAGCAUGAAUAACUCAAUUUAUUAAGUAAAUUUAAUUGUUCAGAAAAUUUCUAGUGUUCAGUAUUAUUAAUAGACAGUAAUUACAAAUUUCAUGCAAUUGGUAACCUAUAUGAAUUUGAAUAAAGUCAGAAAAAUUAUUGUGGUGGAAUAAUAUGAAUUCAUCAUAUUUCGUGGAUUCUCAUCAGUUGUAUACAACAAUUUGUGAAGAGAUGUGUAUAAGUGGAUGGUGGCUAUCAGUGGAAUCUUGGUUGCACGUUUCAUCCUACUUGGGACUUGUCAUCUGGAUCUAACUGCAUCUCGUAGUUGACGUUCACUCCAGGAUUGGCUUCAAACGCCAUUGCGUUAUCCACUAACCUACCGUGUCUAGGAAGUCACUAGUCUGUUCAAUGGAAUACACUCGCGAAUUCCGUUACUUCCUUUGAUCAAUUAGUUUAGAUGUAGAAACACUGUUGAAUAAAAACUAUAUCAAAAUCGUCAAGUAUUUUGUAUUCCAAAUACACGUUAACCUUAAUUCCGAAAUCAAUAUGAAAUAAUCUUACUUAUUUUUGGCAGUUAUUUGAACUUCAUACAAUGAUACGUAUGAAUGGCUGCAUAAUGUUAGUCACAGUAUCCACACUCUAUGUCAUAAUACACUGGAAUUCGGUUUCACAUAUUAUCAAUUUGCUGUUUUCGCUUCUGAAACCACAUCUAUCUAGAGGUCCAUCAUUCGAAUUGGAGAAUUAGAUAAGAUCGACAUACCAAGUGAUUAUCCAGGAGGAAGCACAAAUAUUUAAAUGUAGGGUGUAGAUUUUAGUAGUUCGAGAAAACAAGUAGGUGGAUCAAUUAAAAUAAAUAGUUCUAAACAAUGAACCGCACAAAACGAAAUAAGCACGAAAACAGUUGGAAAAUUUCUGUAACAGAGGAAUUUAAAUCUUUGAAUAAGUGUAUGAAGAGAAUGAGAAAAUAAAUGAACAUGUGCCUAUACUACUGAUAUUUUUGAAGAAUAUCCAGAAGUGAAGCUCAAUCAACAGAAUGUGAAGACAUGAACUUUGAAUAGUCCAAAAAAUACUGGACAUGAACACCGUUAGAUCCCGGCUCAGUAGACUAGAUUGUUGGAAUCCCGCGUCCAGUAUCGUGUAAGCGCACCGCUGAGGAGUCCCAUACUAGGACGGAACGCCUUUCCCGAGCUCCCAGAGUUUCGUUGGUGGUCUAGCUUACAUCGACUCAUGGAUUCAACUAUGAAAAUAAACCCAUCGACCCGACUUAACUAAAUAUUUGUUAAUGGAAGAAGAUAUUUGUCCAUCUUAUCCUCUUAUUUAAUCACUGGAAUUUUUUCGUUUUGUAGUCACUUGAGCAGGUGUUCAGUCAUUAUUACUUGCAGAUCAUGAUUGCUCCUCCCUAUUUAUAGGUGUUUGUUUGUGUUUAGAAGCAGAUAAUGUUUAAAGCCGAGUUGUGCCUGUUCUGACUCUAUAGCUUUCACACAGACUCUGGGGUCGCCAGUAUCUCGUAUACAGAUUCAGCAGAAUAUUUGUAGGACAAAUUAAAUCGUACACGCGUUGUUUGUUUUUGGUGAAAUAAAGACUAUGACCUUUUAGUAAUCGUGAGUUGCAUUACGUGAAAUGUCCUUCUCAACACUAAUUAGAGCCUUCGUUUCAACCAAAUAUUAUUAAAUUUACCUCUGAAGGUUAGGGUGAUAAACGUAAGUCUUCUGGUUGGCGAAACUUAAUGGGACACAAAAUACUGCUACCUAUAGGUUGAUUUAUAUAAUUUAAUGAAUAAUCAUUCUUCAUUAGCAUUUCUUUUAAAGCCUUAACUUCUCACUCAAUAACAUCAUUAAUACAAAUAAGACUGAUCCUGUUGAGUAACCCGUAUAUUAACACGCUCUUCUAAUCCAAAACGGCUUUCUUACUUUCAACAAACGAUAGCGUCAUUCCAGUGAAUCUGAGACUUAGACCUACACAAUCAACAACACAUCAUCGUAUCAAAAUAAUUUCGAAUAUUUCC